AUGCAAUUAGGCCCUGUCAGACACAACAGGCUCCCAGGAAGCACACUUGGGCUUGGCCGUGUUAUAUGGCACAUAAGCACCACGAGUGGCAGUCAAGUUCAUCUUGUGCUUGGUCAAUGGGUAAGCCCUCACGGCCUUCUCGUUUUCUGGCAAAGCGUUGGGUGGGGUGUUGGUACCGUAACCCAACCAGUAGUGCCAACCUGGCUCAACUUUAGACAUGUCCACGCCCCAGUCGGCAUACUCGACCCAUCUUGUUCUCAAGUGGAUCUCCUCAGGGACAUCUGUUUCGUAGUACUUGUUACCCCAGUCAUCGGUGCCCACCAACCAACCUCUUUUGGUAUCGUUGUGGACUUGAAUCUGCCAGGCCGAUCUCUUGAGCCCGGAGUGAUAUAUAUUUUUCAAGGUACGGAAUAUGGAAGUCGACAUGGUGGAGACGAACGAUUAGUUCUGGUAAAAAACUAUAGGUGA